AUGAGUAUUACAAGUAGUUCUGAUCCAUUCAUGAACUCCUAUCGUCAUUCUACCAACAGUAUUCCUAUAUCCUCGUCAACAACUAUACCAUCAUCCGCCUAUCACUUUCAAAAUCCACCCAAUAGCAGCAGCAGCAGCAGCAACACCACCAACAACAUUAAUAAUAAUAAUAGUAAUACAAACAAUUGCAAUAGCAAUAACAAUAGUAAUAAUAAUAAUAAUAGUAGUAAAUCAAAAAUGAGUUUUUGUCAAACAAUACAACCACCAACAGCUUCCACCACUACAACUUCAGUGGUGAGUACAGCCGCUCAACUCGAGGAUAAAAUGGAUGAGGACUUACCAUCAACCAUACCAAAAUCCAAUAUCAGUAUCAAUCUAAAUAGUUUUACCAUUGAAAGUAAUAAUAGUAAUAAUAAUAGUAGUAGCAACAGCAGUAGCAGCAAUCAACAUUCAUCGUUAAAGUCAUCAUCUUCACACGUACCAACACCAAACUCUUCAAACAAUCUUAAAUUUUCACAAUCUAUUCUUCCACCUACCAAUUUUGUAAAUGAUAAUAAUAAUAGCAAUAACAAUAAUAACAAUCUUAAUAAUAUAAAUACAUCACCAUCAUCAUCUUCACUUUCACUCUCAAGUUUCAAUGAGGCAAUUAUGUCAGCUGCAUCCAAUAGUAAUAAUAGUAGUUCAUUCUCAUCGUUAUCGUCUUCUCCCAAUCAAACAUCGGCCAACAGCAAUCCACUCUUGAAGCUGUCGACGCUACCCGAUUCAAGUCCACCCAUUGGAAUGACCAGUCCGUUUUCAUACAGCUCGUCGGCAGUCUUCCAGAAUCCCUCGACAUCGAGCAGCUGCUUCAACAACACCGGCAGCGGCGGCAACUGCGGCAGCUCAAUAGGAUUCUCGUCGUCGCCAACCUCAUCGUUUCCAGCGUCGAGUCUGAUCGACGACGACAGAGAACGCAUGCGUUACGAAUUCGAAUCGAUCAAGAAGCCCGAACAACACCACCGCAAAGCUGUGAAAUCUCACCACCGUCACUACAGUCACAACGAUCUUGACUCGCGUAAACACGACGAAGAGAAGUUCUUCAGCUCGCUACAGCCAAACAACUACUCAAAGAACAGAUACCACGAUGUACUACCCAAUGAAUCGACUCGUGUUCGUCUCACCCCAAUCGAAUCGGGUGACGGUGACUACAUCAACGCCAACUACAUCAAUGGUGAAGUUCCAAACUCCUAUCGCUACUAUAUCGCUUGUCAAGCUCCAUUACAAUCCACCAUCAAAGAUUUCUGGAGAAUGGUUUGGGAAGUUCCACCCACCUCUCUAAGUUCACAACUCAACGAAAACAACAACAACAACAACAUCAAUAAUAACAAUACUCAUUUUAAUCAUCACCAUCAACGUAGUAGUUCGACUACACAUAUACCAAGUAGUAGCAACUUUUCAAGUUUAUCAUCACAUCACUUAUUUCAAAACAACAACAACACCAACAACAGUAGUCACAGCAGUAAUUUAGAGAGUUUAAAUCAUUUCGGUAGUUUUGGAAAUCAUAGUUUUUUAAUCUACCAAAAUAAUAAUAAUAACGCUCAACCCUCAAACACCAACGAAAAUAACCAAAAAUCAAAUAAUAAUAACAACAGCGGUGGUAACUGUAAUAUGAGUUUUCAAUACAAUUUUCAGAACAACAACGAUGACAACGGAGGAGGUAAUUACAAACAAAUGCCUCAACUGAACAACAACAGCGGCAGUAACAGCAGCAGUAGUAGUACCUCAGCAUCCGAUAACAGUAGUAACAGUAAUAGUAAUAACAACAAUAGUAACAACAACAGAAACGGUGGAAAUCAAGAUCAUGAAGUGACUGAUUCACAGCAACAACAAAAUAACAACAAUAAUAACAAUGGUAGUAAUCCUCCUGAAUCACCUAGGGCCACUUCUCCAAUUAAAUGCUUCUAG